GCAGUGUUGCUGAGUGACGGACCUGCGCGGUGUGGAGCUCCGCGCGCCUGACCGGCAGCUCAGUGGCGUUUGGUGACCGGGUUGACAGCGGAAGCCGCGGGACGCUGAGGCUCCUGCUGGGAAUAAACAUGUCGAGGAAUCAAAGGACGCCGCAGAAAAACACAGACAGUGUGGUCGAGGUGAAGAGCAAAUUUGAAGCAGAAUACCGGCGAUUUGCGCUACAGAGGAACGGCACCGUCAGCUUCCAGGAGUUCUAUCGGCUGCUGCAGAAUGUGCAUCACAUUCCAGGCGUUGACGUGCUUCUGUGCUACGCUGACGUCCAUGGAGACCUGCUUCCCAUCAACAACGAUGAUAACUUCCACAAAGCGCUAUCUGCCGCCAAUCCUCUACUGAGGAUUAUCAUCCAGAGGAGAGAUGUGGAAGAGCCCGUGGUCUUUGUGACAAACUCUCUGCAGAGAAGAAAAAAAGGCCUGGCAGGUCUGCGUGCCGCCCAACAAAAGAGCAAAUCGGGUCUGUUGAUCAGCCACCCGCAGGACUUCCGCCAGAUCUCUUCCAUCAUCGAUGUGGACAUCCUACCGGAGACGCACCGCCGUGUGCGCCUGCACAAGCAUGGCACCCACAAACCUCUGGGCUUCUAUAUUCGUGAUGGUGUGAGCGUUCGCGUCACGCCACAGGGUGUCGAGAAAGUGCCUGGUGUCUUCAUCUCGCGCCUGGUUAAAGGCGGCCUGGCUGAGAGCACAGGAUUGCUCGGGGUUAACGAUGAGAUACUGGAAGUCAACGGCAUUGACGUGGCUGGCAAGUCACUGGACCAGGUUACAGACAUGAUGGUGGCCAACAGCCACAACCUGAUUGUGACGGUCAAACCGGCCAAUCAGCACAACAAUGUGAUGCACAGAUCAAGCAAAACCUCAGCUGGAAACAACUCUGCAGGCUCAGGAGGAUCCAUGCUUUCCCAGGACUCCAUUCCUAGUCCUGCCUCUCAGACUGUUAGCCAGUACAGUAAUAGCAACAGCGUGAUGGAAGGGGACAGCGAAGAUGAUGAAACCGACCUCAUUAUUGAGAGCGAUAACCUGCCUGCCUACGCGCCACAUCACCUGACCAACGGAAACAGCAUUGUUUCUUCACUGGCUGCUUAUGGGCACAGGCCUCUCCCCCAGAGCGUCUCAUUGCCUAGUACCAGCUCUAUGAGCUCGCACAACAGCAGCCCCAAUAAGACAAGCAGCAGCCAAGAAAGCAUGAGGGAGGACGGGAACUUCAUCACGUUGUGAAACACCUCAUAAUAAUAUUUCUUAUCAUAUCAUAUAUGGAACACACUCGUAUAAGGUUUUUAUGCACAACUGCAACCAAUUGAAGGCUAACUGUUUUAUGAUAUUGUCCCUACUGUCACAAAACAUCAAGAUGAUGUUGAUCUCCCGAAGAACUUGUAAUGUGAGCAUAGUUGAGUUGGUGAGGGGUGAAUGAUGCCUGGACCGUCUCCAGAGUAAAUGUGUGCACGUCACCUCACAGAAGUGCCUUAUGGUCUCAUUUUUAUCUAAUAACUGAACAAAAGAUCAUUCAUAUCAUACAGCGUACGUACAUUGUGCCAGAACUGAUGAAGGAGCAGAAACGAGCACACAAACCCACACUUUCUCCACAGCGGUCUCGAUCGAUGCCUUGAUGCCUAGUCCGACCUCCAGCUGCAUCACAGCGGUGGUGGAGUCUGUGUUCUCGACCACAUGAACACUGCAGAGACACUGGAAUGUUUACCUGAUGUGUCCUGCAUGUCAAAAUGGCGUGUAUUUAGUAUUGGUACGAAGGAUAAAGAAGUUAAUAAUGCGCAUGUAAUAGAGCUGUCCUGAUCCAUGACGUAUGUCCUGCAUUGACGAUUUCUGUGAUUUGGGCUCCAGGAAAUUCUGCUAGGACACACUAGGUCAUCUUUAUAGUACCACUGAUGAAACAUGUACGCUCUAGCUGUGGAUUUUUGUAUUUGCUUCUACUCUAGCAGUCUGCCUUUGACCAUAUGAUCUCUUCAAAAAAAAAAGCCUUUGGUGGUGUAAUGUUGGGUGAAUUUUGCUGCUAGACAUAAUUCAGCCUUAGAAAUCUGUCCUGUGCUUUAAAUUUCAGCGCUAAGUACGCGCCAAAUGUUGCCUACCGUCUAGUGAAUUGCAGCAAAAAAAAAAAAACAGGAAGAGGAACGAUACAAUAAUCUACUGUACAUCUUGCAUGAGGAAAUGGCAAAUCCAGUCCUAAUGACAUUUGAAAGCCAAGUUCCCUCUCGAUCAACUCAUGCUAAUCGGAUUCCAUUUAUUCACACGGUCAGUUUCACGUUGCUCGCACUAAACUUUGGCAUCUGUCUCGUUUCAUUUUCAUUCAGAAUGUAUCACAUGCUGACUCACUCUCAGCCUGGUUCCCCAGACCUGUCUCACCUCAAUCUGCUUAGUGUUACGAACCCGUGGAUAGCUGCUUGGCCCCAGACUCGAGUAGCCUCUCUGCUUUUUAAAGGUGGCUGCUUAUAUUUGCCUGCCUGCCUGGGGUUGUUCUCCAUUCUCCAUCGAAAUAUAUCAAUAAUAGAUGUUUUACUCGCACUGAGACGUGCCUCGGAGAGAGCGAGGGGGGCCUUGACCUCUUGUGGACCCAGCUGUCUGCAUGCCAUCUGAUGUGUUCUGUGUUUGUGUAAAAGAAAAUGAAAAAGAAGGAAAUUCCUUUCAUGUUUGUUAAGGCUAAAAUUCAGCCUGACUGGGGAGCCGGUUCAUACAGUCCUGUCCUGGUACACGCGCGUGUGUGUGUGAGAGCGAGUAGAGUAAAGAAAACUCAAUGGCAAAUAGGAUACGGAAAAUGGAGGAGGAACUCAACUAAAUGGAGCCGGAUCAAAAACAUUGACUUUUUUUUUCACCAACCUUCUAUCUUUUUAGUUAUUUUUUGAAAAAGUAGACGGCCAGCAAAAACACACAGUCUGCCAAAGUGCUUAGGUGUGUUCCUGGCAGGUGUAGUUUCAUCCCUGGAGCCUUUAUUUCCACCUCAUCAUAUUCAUUUCCACUCUGUUACAUUAAAGUAUAUUUAAGCAGAUCUUCACGCUGAGAAAAGCUGCAGAACCGGGUUUGUUUCGACAUACCCAGACACAACGUCUGCAAAUCAAACACCUCUGAGUAACUGGGACAGCUGGAGUGAACAUGAAAUAAAAGAUGGACGCAAUCGUAGUCAGAGGGCAUUUAAAAGGGACUUGGUUGGAAGGGUAUUUUUGGAAGGUGGAGAUUUGUCAUCCUAGUCUGAUGAGGUUAUUGAAGUGGAUUCGUUUUUAGGAGGAAUUGUUCCAAAUGCACUGGUUAUUCAUUCCGAACGGCAGUAUGAAAAGAUACUCACAUUUUUCUCUCUCUCUCCUGCUAAUCAGUAUCUAAAGAUAUGAAUGGCACACAAAUCUGAAUUAAAAAAAGUACCAUGAACCUAAUUUUUUUAUGUAUGUAAAUGUAGAUAUACAAUGAGAAAAUGGACCAUUUUGUAAACUGGGAGUCCUUUUUAUUAAAAGAGCAGUAUAUAUACAGUAUAUGUGUAAAAUAUGGAAAGUAUUUUUCUUAUUCUUGUACUUUUGUAUGUAUAUUGGAAUCCAGGAGAAAUUAUUUCUUUUGCGUGUGAGGAAGUUAACGGAAGUCUGAAGAAAUCUAUGAUUUUAUUAUAAUCAGAUGGGUGGAGGUGUAUCAUACUGUGAAUGCAAAUAUGCGAAUUUUAAAUUGUUCAAUGGAAAUAAAAGUAUUCAAAAGAA